AUGGCGUCCUCCUCGUCCACGAUCCCCGCGGCAACGGCGGGAGACGAGCGGGACCGCAAGCGCAAGCGGGCCGGCGGAGAGGAGCCGGAGACGGAUGACGUGGCGGGGCGGCGGCGGCAGGAGGCGCCGUCCAGGUGGCGGACAAGGCGGGAGCACGAGAUCUACUCCAGCAAGCUGCUCGACGCGCUGCGCCUCGUGCGCGCCGGCGGCGGCCUCCCGUCCGCGGCGCGCGAGGUGCGCCAGGCCGCCGACCGCGCGCUCGCCGUCGCCGCGCGCGGGCGGUCGCGCUGGAGCCGCGCCGUGCUCGUCCUCGCGUCACGCAGCCGCGCCCGCGCGCACCGCGUGCGUCUCAACUCCCGGGCGCCGGCGCCGCAGCCGCAGGGACGGCGUCCGUCGACGACGGACGCGCCGUCCUCAUCUGGCUCGAGCUCCUCAAGCGCGCCGGCGCUGGCGAGGAAGGCGCAGGAGCUGGGCCGGCUGGUGCCCGGGUGCCGGAAGCUGCCCUUCCCGGCGCUCCUCUCCGAGGCGUCCGACUACAUCGCCGCGCUCGAGAUGCAGGUGCGCGCCAUGGCCGCGCUCGCGCAGGCGCUCGCCUCCGUCGCGCCCUCCCCGCCGUCAACCUCGCCGUCGCCGUCGUGA